CUCCAUAUUCAACUCGUUCAUGAUGGUUAUUUUUCUCACUGGUUUGGUCUCGAUGAUAUUGAUGAGGACUCUCAGAAAUGAUUAUGCAAAGUAUGCUCGUGAAGAUGAUGAUCUUGAGAGCUUGGAACGGGAUGCAAAUGAAGAAUCUGGCUGGAAACUUGUGCAUGGGGAUGUGUUUAGACCACCAUGGAGUCUAGUUCUUCUCUCAGCUGUUGUUGGCACAGGUGCGCAGUUGGCGUUGCUUGUCCUUCUUGUCAUAUUAAUGGCCAUCGUGGGGACACUCUAUGUUGGGAGAGGAGCAAUCGUCACAACGUUCAUAGUUUGCUAUGCUCUAACUUCCUUUAUCUCUGGUUAUGUGAGUGGUGGAAUGUACUCAAGAAGCGGGGGUAAACAUUGGAUCAAGUGCAUGGUCCUCACGGCUUCUCUGUUCCCCUUUUUGUGCUUUGGAAUCGGCUUUCUCCUAAACACAAUUGCCAUAUUCUAUGGUUCCCUUGCGGCUAUUCCGUUUGGAACAAUGGUGGUUGUGUUUGUAAUCUGGGGUUUCAUUUCGUUCCCCUUAGCUCUCCUCGGGACAGUCGUUGGAAGAAACUGGAGCGGUGCUCCAAACAAUCCAUGCCGUGUAAAGACCAUUCCACGUCCAAUCCCUGAGAAGAAAUGGUACUUAACUCCAUCGGUUGUUUCCCUGAUGGGAGGGUUGCUACCAUUUGGAAGCAUAUUCAUCGAGAUGUACUUUGUCUUCACAUCGUUUUGGAAUUACAAGGUAAAAAUAAUCGCUUUGAUAAGAACAAAUCUACAUAACUGCUGGUUCUUUUACAAAUUGAACAAACCAGAGAGGCUUGAUUGACCAAGCCCUAGAAAAUCCAGCCCUCACUAAAUGCUAUCUGGCCAACUCAAAACAGCUACAAUCUGCUACAUUAAGACCCAGGCUUGUUGUAUUAGACAUAUAUCUGAACUUCUUCAAGUAGACCCACGCUGUGUCUUGGCUUAUCACGGUAAGGAGUAAAAUUUGAUUGGCUAUCCCUGACACCUCUUUUUGGUUUUGGUUUUGACAGGUGUACUAUGUAUAUGGAUUCAUGCUUCUGGUAUUUGUGAUUCUAGUCAUAGUGACGGUCUGUGUGACAAUCGUGGGAACUUAUUUCCUGCUGAAUGCAGAGAACUAUCACUGGCAGUGGACUUCGUUUUGCUCAGCUGCUUCAACGGCUGUCUAUGUCUACUUAUACUCCAUCUAUUACUACUACGUAAAGACCAAGAUGUCUGGAUUCUUUCAGACAAGCUUCUACUUUGGAUACACCAUGAUGUUCUGUCUUGGCCUUGGAAUCCUCUGCGGAGCUGUUGGAUUCUUGGGAUCAAAUCUGUUUGUAAGGAGAAUCUAUAGAAACAUCAAGUGCGACUAGAUGGUUAAUCGAAAAGGAAGAAAAAAACAUCCAGUGAGGAUGAUAUAUUAUAUAAACACAGUAGAGAGGGAAAUUAAGAUGAAGUUGGAGAAUCCUUCAAUGAGGGCUUGUGUCUUCUUCUUAGUUUCUACUUUCUCCCUUUUUGGUAAGUGAAUUGUUCUCGUUAGAUUAGAAUCGAGUUUGUAAUAUACUACUACUACUACUACCACCUGUAAUCUUCUUUUUUUCCUUGUUCAUUUUCAUAUGAACUUAACUAUCACUUAGAUCAUCGAAUAUGGUUUCCUGUAGGAGCAAUUGGAUAUAAUCAUCAUUCUGACUUUCAUUUGUUUAUCUGCAUUAGAUUUUUU